AUGAGUCGCAGCCCAGAAAGGAUGUCUUCUUACCGCCGCCACUUCGAGGCUGCCUUUGCCCCCUCCUCUUGCUACCAGGUACGGGUUUCGAGCCCCUCACCGACCCGCAAGGAUAGCCGUCACCGUUCGGCCAGCUACAGUCGCAGCGGGGGAACGAUGGGGAGGAGGAACCUCUCCAGCGGCCGCAAAUCCCGCAUGACAAGCAGUGUGAGUAUGGGAGCUCUGUGCUUCGGCAUGAACAUGGGGCUGGGGCCCAAACUGGACCUGGAUGCAGCCACCGCUAAGAACCAGGAAUUCAUGAACACCCGUAGCGGCGAGAGGCAGGAGAUGGUGGACCUCAACGACCGCCUUGCCGUUUACAUCGAGAAGGUGCGUACUCUGGAGGGGCAGAACAUGCUGCUGGAGGCUGAGAUAGAUGCCCUGCAGAACCGCUAUGUGAAGCCGUCUGGGCUAAGGCUGCUCUAUGAGGGCCAGCUGAGAGAGCUACAUCGGCUCGCUGAGCAGACCAGAGAGCAGAGGGACCUUUCUGUAGCAGCCAAGGGAGCCAUGGCAGGACAAUUGGAGGUGCUCAAGGUCAAAUAUGAGGAGGCUCUGGAGGCCAGGAAGAAGGCAGAGAUGGAGAUAGAUGCCUUCCGCCCAGAUGUGGAUAAAGCCACCUCUGCCCGUAUCACCCUGGAGAAACAUCUGGAGAACCUGGAGGUAGAGCUGGCCUUCCUGACCAGAGUUCACAAAGAGGAAAUUGAUGAGCUGAUGCAAAAGAUCUAUGUCGCAGUAGCCAAGGUGGACAUGAACUUUGCCCUCCCUGACCUCUCCUCUGCCCUCAAACAAAUCCAGUCUCAGUACGACAGCAUUGCUGCCAGAAACUUACAGGAAAUGGACGCUUGGUACAAGUCAAAGUUCCAAGACCUCAACAACGUGACGUCGAAACAUGUUAAAAGCGUUCGAAGCGUGAGAGAGGAAAUCGCACGUUACAAGAAAGAUCUCUUAAACCUGGAGCGUGAGUUGGAGUCCUUGAAAACAAGGAAUGAAUCACUGGAGAAUCAGAUUCGUGAUGCCGUGGAGAGACAAAAAAAAGAAGAGGAGGCACUAUUGGAGCGUAUUGAGGAGCUGAAGCUGGAACUGAAGAUGAUGAAGGAGAAGAUAGCUUUGCUUCUGAGGGAGUACCAGGAGCUGCUCAACGUAAAGAUGGCCCUGGAGAUGGAGAUCACCACCUACAGGUGACAAACUCCUGUACAGUCUAAACAGGCCUUUUGUAUGACUUAUUUGCUCUUGUUGAAGAAAAAAAA